AGCUUUAUCUUACAAGGUUACACAAACGUGAAAAUGAAGUGGUACUUGACCAAAACACAUUUGGUGGUUCGCCGGAGUAUAAAUGCGGGGCUGUGUGCGGCAUCACGCACAGGAGCUCUCUGAAGCGGGGUUCUGGGUUCAACUCCUGCUGCCGGCCACUGCGUCACCAUGCUGUCCUGCGCCGCAGUCCUGCUGCUCGCGGCCUUCACCGCCGCGGAGGGCCUCCCAAAGACCGAGUGCAACUUCUCGGUGGACUACUUGAAGUACAUCUACCAACUCAUCGACGUGGCCGACAUCAACAUCAAGGCCGGCAACGUGUCCGUGUCUUACGAGGAGUACACGGGGGAGUUCAGCCACAAGAACAAAUCGUACGUCCUGGAAGUGCAUAGGACAGGUCUGGCCUCUUCGUUUCCUUCGCUGACAGUGAGCGGGAAAGUGCUGUACUGGGGCAACUCCAGCAUCUUCCACAUGUACACGGACUUCCUGUUCGGAAACCACACGCAAUACUAUACGGGCAGAGUGGGGACGCCUGGAAACCUAACAGAGUUCCACAUCAACGUGACGAAGACCAAUUACACCAUGUCCACGUACAAGAGGUUCAAUAAGAACGGCACCAAUUACAAUCUGACGGCGCAUAUCCUCGACCCAAAAGAGUUCGGGCAUCACCACUACAGCAUUUCCAUUCCUAAAGGACCUCAGGACCUGGUCCAUCGCGUCAGACGAUUCAUCGAAGAAGUCGAAUUGAAACGACUCAGAGACUACACUCUUUUGGCAUUCAAAGCCUAUUCUUAUGUCAUCAUAGAUUUCGUGGACAUCCGAGACUACAUCACUUACUGUUGAAGCGCUCUGAAGAAAACUGUCGACAACACCACACAAUUAUUUGGAUUUUAUAAAAACAAAAUGUAAUCCAUAACAUAAAUUUGUAAAAAAAAUUGUAUUACAUACUUAAGAAUAAAUAUUUCAAGAAUCA